AUGGCGACGACUAUGCAUCCUUCCAUUGCGCCAGGAGAUCAUAAAGCGUUUAUGGAAUACGCCGUUGCUCAGGCUCGCCUUUCACCACCAGGACCUGACAAGUUUUGUGUUGGCGCAGUGCUAGUCGAUGGUGACACUGGUGUGAUCCUCUCGACGGGUUAUUCGAUCGAACUCCCCGGCUACAUGGAGGGCGACAUGGGUAGCACACACGCCGAACAAUGCUGUUUCAUCAAGGUCGCCCAAGCCAACGGUCUGUCAGCUGUUCGCGCCGAAGAGCGGUUCAUCGACUUGCUUCCUGCGAACACGGUCUUGUAUACCACGAUGGAGCCUUGCAAUUCUAGGCUGAGUGGCAAUCGCACCUGUUGCGAUAGGAUUGUGGCCUUGAAGGAGAAGCUGAAGACCGUGUAUGUGGGUAUCCAGGAGCCGAAUACAUUCAUUGUAGACAAUGAUGGGAAGCGGCGACUCGAGGCUGAGGGCAUCAAAUUCGAGAUGGUCGAGGAGACCCACGAUCUUUGCUAUGAGGCAGCUAUGAAUGGUCAUAAGAAGUAG